AUGUCAACCUUCCCGGGAUGGAAAUUCGACUCCAACCACAGCAGUGAAGCAGAGAAUGGUCGUAUUGUGUUCAUGUGGGAUCCCCUCCUAUCAGUGGUUAUCUAUCUGAAGACACCUCAGAUAAUGAUUUGUGGAGUGUUUAACCCAGCGUCGUGUGAAUCUGUUACGGUGGGUGUUGUGUAUGCUUAUAAUGAGCAAGGAGACCGAGAGGAUCUAUGGAACACCAUCACGCAGAUCUCAACUUCCUCUUUAAUCAGAAACGCAUCUUGGAUGGUCAUAGGCGACUUUAAUCAGUUCUUGACUGUCUCGGAAGUGUACUCUCUCUACCCGUCUUCCUUCUCUACCAGAGGGAUGUCUGAUUUUCAAGACUGUUUACAGGCUAACGAGAUUUUUGAUCUAUCCUUCCGCGGAUGCCAAUUCACAUGGUCUAACAAAAGUCCUACCAACCCAAAAUCAAGAAAAUUGGACAGGGCUCUUGUUAAUGAAGCUUGGAUGGAUAAUUUCCCCAACUCUUUGGCAACUUUUGAACCGCCAGGCUCUUCUGAUCACUCCCCUUGUCUGGUUACCAUUACAGAUGAGACUCCUCGAAGGAAAAUCAGAUUCACUUUCUUCUCAUUCUUUGCCUCUCAUCCUGACUACGGGCAACUUAUGAAAUCUGCUUGGUCUACCCCAGUUACUUCUCGCUUCCCUAUGUCGUCCUUCUACCAGAAGUUGAGAUCAGCUAAGAAUUGUUGCAAAGGGAUAAACAAAUCAAAGUUCAGUGGCAUUGAGAAGAGAACAAAGGAAGCUUUUGAGCAUCUCCAGUCCAUUCAAAAUCAGAUGAUGAACUCGCCUUCUCAGCAACUCUUCCAACAGGAGGUUCAGGCUAGAGAAGCGUGGCUUACGUUUUCUGCAUCAGAGAGAAACUUCUUCAAGCUCAAGUCUAGAGUCAGAUGGGAAUCGAAGGGGGAUUUAAAUACGGGUUUCUAUCACAAGUCUGUCAAAGCAAACCUCUCCCGGAACCUGAUUCAUUUUCUUACUGACUCUGAAGACAGAAGGGUUUUUGAUCCUCAGGAGAUAAAGAACAUGGCAGUUCGGUUCUACUCUCUUCUUCAGGGGCGCUCUAACUCAGCGGUUUCCCCUCUCUCUCCAGACCACAUUCGUUCAAUUCAUACUUACCGAUUUGAUACAACAAAGGCAGAGGCCCUUAUUGCCAUUCCUACGGACGAAGAGAUAAAACAUACUUUAUUCUCCUUGCCAAAAUGCAAAGCGCCUGGACCUGAUGGAUUUUCUAGUGAGUUCUUUACUGGGUCUUGGGAUCUGGUGGGAAGAGAUUUCUUGGAUGCGGUUCGAAGCUUUUUCACAUCGUCGAGAUUGCCGCGCCAAACGAAUGCAACCGUAAUUUCUAUGAUUCCAAAGAUUACGGGUGCUUCCUCUCUCUCUGACUUCAGACCGGUUUCUCUCUGCAACACAGUGUACAAAGUUAUCUCCAAGAUACUUGGCUCGCGUCUAAAGACAAUUACGCAGGAGGCAGUUCAGAAUAAUCAAGCAGGCUUUGUGAAAGGGCGGGUCUUGGCGGACAAUGUACUACUGGCAGCUGAACUUGUGGCGGAUUUUAAUAAGAGAGGCAGGGUCUCUAGAGGGUGUUUGCAAGUUGACAUAACAAAGGCGUUUGACAGUAUUAAAUGGAAUUUCAUUCUCAAUAUCCUUUCUGCUUUUGCUCUACCUCCGAUCUUUAUAAAUUGGAUCAAAGUCUGCAUAUCAACCCCUCACUUCUCAGUUGCCAUUAAUGGGGAACUAGCUGGUUUUUUCCCUGGAGAAAAGGGUUUGAGGCAGGGAGACCCUAUCUCUUCCUCCUUGUUUGUAAUGGCUAUGGAUAUUCUGUCCAGAGAAAUUGAUAAAGCUGCUUUGGAAGACAAAUUUGGUUCACAUCCCUCUUGUAUCGAUCCUUUGGUGUCACACCUGAGCUUUGCAGACGACCUUCUGAUAUUCUUCGAUGGAAAGACUUCCUCUCUUCGAGGUAUCCUCCAAGUUCUCAGGGAUUUUCAGAGGUGCUCGGGUCUCGCGUUGAACCUCCGGAAAACGUGUGUCUUCAUUGAUGGCAACGAUCAGGCUAUGUCUACUCAACUUGCAUCUGAGUUCGGCAUCACGCAGGGAUCUCUACCGGUUAAGUAUCUGGGCUUGCCUUUGUCCCCGAAAAGACUGAGAUGUGAUGACUAUCAGCCGCUCAUUGACAAAAUUAAAGCCAGAGUUUCUUCUUGGACAGCAAGACAUCUUUCUUUCGCCGGCAGAUUUGUGCUGAUCCAGUCGGUUCUCUAUAAUAUGAUCCGAUUCUGGGCCUCGGUGUUUCCAAUCCCAAAGGGUUGUUUGGAUAAACUUGAGCGUAUGUUAAAUGCCUUUCUUUGGACUGGAGCACCAGAUUCUGCCCGAGGAGCGAAAGUAUCAUGGGAAGGGGUCUGUGUUCCAAAAGAGUGUGGAGGGUUGGGUUUAAAGCCACUACGUGGUCUCAAUGUUGUCUAUGGUAUCAAAUUGCUUUGGAAAGUCCUUUCUGGCUCUGAAUCAUUAUGGGUAGCUUGGGUGAAGAAGAAAUAUCUUGAGGACAGAAUGAUUUGGGACACAGGCUUCUCAAAUGUUGGUAGCUGGAUUUGGCGCAGUCUAAUGAACCUUCGGGAUACUGCAAGACCUUUCAUUACCUGCCAAAUUAACUCAGGCAGAACUGCUUCCUUUUGGCACGAUAACUGGACCCUGGCAGGACCGCUCAUAGACAUAACAGGACCUAUGGGUCCAAUGGUCGCAGGGAUUCCAGUCGAUGCCACAGUUUCUUCAGCUAUUAACGGGAGGGGAUGGGAAAAUUCACGAAGCAGACACCCCACUCUCUUAGCUCUUCGCGCUUCUCUUCCAUCUCAGCCGCCUGAUAUAUCUCUAUCUGCAGAGGAUGAUUAUUUCAUUUGGACAAACUCACUCAACGGCCCUCCGGAGCCUUUCUCUUCUUCUAAGCUUUCGGAAGCCCUAUAUCCAGAUCCGGCAACUGUGGGUUGGUCCUCUGUUGUUUGGUUCAAAGAUCACAUCCCUAAACAUGCUUUUAUAGCUUGGUUAGUGAUGAAAGACAGAAUGAAAACACGAGACAAGCUGAUUUCUUGGGGAAUCAAUAUUCCUGCAACUUGCUUGCUCUGCAGUCAGGAAGAAGAAACAACUCCUCACUUAUUUUUUGAAUGCAGUUAUUCAACUGAGGUUUGGAGUCGUCUGUUUCAAAGAAGCGGGUCUCAACAGCCUUCUUCGCUUCAGCAAAUCAUUCCUUGGCUUCUCACAGGACCUGCUGGGAUGUACAGGCAAAUUAAAAAGCUUUUGUUCCAAGCUGCUAUUUACCAUAUCUGGCGGGAAAGGAACUCAAGGGCUCAUACCCAACUCUCAAGACCAUCGGCGCAGAUCGUGAGAGAUAUCUUUCUUCAGCUACGUGCCAAACUUCUCGCUCUUGAUUUGAAGAGAAAAGAAACAGUCAUCGCUUCAAACACCGGACAAGAUCAUCAGUCAUAUCUAUCUACUUGGUUUGACAGGGUCCAGCAAUGA